CCUCCAUUGGAAGGAGAACCAUUUGUUGUUAUUUGUGCGGUCAUUUGUAGAAGACAAUGAAAAUAAAUAAAUAAACUGAAGAUUUCUAAGUUUAAACGAGCGUGGAGUGUAUAGCAGCAUUUGGGGGGAGUAGAAUGGAAACAAAUGAUUUGACGCAUUUAAAUGAAGACUAUAGGUUGGACAGCACUGACUUUGAAAACAUAAUGGCCAAUGAAAUUUUUCAACAACACAAUUUGUAUUUGGACCAAGACCAGGAGAUGGAUGAAAAUGAGCCCGACGAUGUUAUCAUUUUGCACAUGGAUAUCCGUGAGCCGCUGCGUACGUUGCAGAAACUGGCUGAGAAAAAAAUUGGCAUGAGUCUAAAGGAUUACAAAUUCUUCUUGCAAGACACACAGGAGUUGGAGCCGCAUAAAAAUCUGGUAGACCAAUGUGUUAAAGGUGAGGGACUUGUACAGAUAAACGUACAGAUACAAACAGCUGAGCAGCACAUAAAUAUUGUUGACGUACUGAAACCAACCGAGGCGGCUUUGGCUGCUUUGGCUGCUGAAGAAUCCAGCAAAAAUGCCGAAACCGGUGAAGAAUCCGAGGAGAAACCUUGUCUCAACUGGGUGCUGGACAAUAAAUUUAAAAAAGAACAAAUGCGUCUUAAAAUACCAGAAGAUCCUAACGAGUGGACAAUUGCACAAGUGAAACAUUGGUUUCAAUGGGCUGUAAGGCAAUUCGAAUUGAGCGGUGUCAACAUGAAUGACUGGCAUAUAACUGGACGGGAACUUUGCUCGUUAACGCAUGAAGAAUUCCGUCGAAAGCUGCCCAGAGAUCCGGGAAAUGUCUUUUGGACACAUUUGCAAUUGCUGAAGGAAUGUAAAUUCGUCUCAGUUGUACAUAAAGUAGUUGAAGAUCGUGGAUCUUCAGCCACCGGCGCAAAAGCAACAUCCAGUACUGGCGUUGGAUCGGCGGCGCCGAUUAAAGAAAUGAAAAUAAUGCGCAAAACUAGCUUAAGCGCAACAAAAACUUCCUGUAAGAAAUCACCGUUACCUGCGGAUACCUCACCUACGCACAACACACUCAGUAGCACUACAUCGGGCGGAGGUAGCAGUAUUGGCAAUAAUUAUAGUGUCGGUUCGGGUAACAAUGGUCAAGUGCAACUCUGGCAAUUUCUCCUCGAAAUACUUACCGAUCGUGAACAUCGAAACAUCAUACAAUGGGUUGGCGUCGAGGGGGAAUUCAAACUCAUCGACCCAGAGUGUGUGGCGCGUUUGUGGGGCAUCAAGAAGAACAAACCGGCUAUGAAUUAUGAAAAGCUAUCGCGUGCCUUGCGUUAUUACUACGAUGGCGAUAUGAUAUCAAAAGUGUCGGGCAAGCGUUUCGCCUAUAAGUUCGAUUGUGAUUUGAAACUGUUAAUUGGCUAUGAUGCAGCAGAGCUAGCGCAAUUGGUGAAUGAGCAAAGUUUUCUGAAUGAGUCGAUAUUUAUGAAACCGGAAACUUUGCAAGAUCAACUUAAGCAAUUGGCAGAGGAUGGGUGACAUGAGGGCGCAAGCGCCGAAUUUAGAGUGAAAACAGAGCCUGUUUGCACUUUAGAAAUCGAGCCUUACCUCGAUUAUGAGGAGGACGAUGACGAGGAUAAUUAAUCAAUGAAUUGCGUUUUAAUUUCUUAUUUACGUUUAUUUACCGAGACAAAAUAUUUUAUUUACAUUAUUGGUAUUCCAUCUAUGGCGUUCAUAACACACGAAAAAUAUAAUUUCACCACUUUAUUUAAAUUAUAA